AUGAGCGGCAACUUUGGGCAAUUCAUCACUGAUUGCGGCGAUCUCGAUGAGAAGGUGAGCGUCACCGAGUUCAUCAAAACACUUAAAAAGGUGGAAUCCAGCGAUACGUUGAACGGCACACGCGACAGCACAAGCUCAACGUCGUCCAUCGACAAAUGCGCGAACCGCGAGGAGAACAAGAAAGCCAGCGCCAACGAUCUUCUACAGACGAUGCGCAAGCGUUUUGUGCAUCGCGCCACCGAGCCAAUAUUCCACGCGUUGCCGGAGGCACAGGAGCACGGCGGCGAACGCGAGCAGGAAUUCAUCGAUGGAAGGCGCCAAACCACCCACGACAUCCUAAAAAUGCCGACGUUCGACCAGCAACAGCUGGAACGCAAAACGGAUUCCGAGCCGACGCUAUCCAAAACCAAAUCCAAAUAUCUCGCUUCAUAA